AUGGCCGUGCUGCGGGCAGCGCAGCUCUGGCGGCUGGGUGCUCUGCUCUGCUCCCUGCUGCUGAUUCAAGGUGGGCGAGCCCAGGACGAAGGCUGGCAGGAGGGCACGCUGGGGCAGCUGGGCUUUGGCACGAGCUACACGCCAGCGCAGGGCGCCUGCGGCUAUGGCGACCUGCCAGAGGAGGAGUGGCCAUUUGGCGGGCUGGCAGCGGUGGAUCCUGCCGCCAGCCCCUUUGCCGCGGGCGUGCAGCGCGGCUGCGGCGUGUGCCUGGAGGUGCAGUGCGGCGACGCGGCGCAGUGCGGCGGCACGCCCAGCCAGCCGCUGGUGGUGCUGGUGACAGACCACUGCGCCGGGUGCGGCGCGGACGCCGUCUUCCUGGCACCCUCUGCUUACCGCCAGGUGGUGGCCAGCGGCCUGGGCCAGGUCGCCGCCCGCUUCCGCAGGGUCAACUGCGCCCCGCCUGGGAACCUGGCGGUACACGUGGACCAGUACCGCGCCACUGCCGGCGGCUGGUUGCGACUGGCGCUACGGGAUGUGGCGGGCGAUGGCGACAUCCAGAGCGUGGAGCUGGCCAGCAGCGAUAGCCCCGACGCCUGGCUGCCGAUGCAGCGCGCCUUUGGAGCCUCGUGGCAGCUGUCCUCCCUGCCCCAGCCACCGCUGGAUCUGCGCGCCACCGACGGCAGCGGGCAGCAGGUGGUGGCGCGGCGUGCCCUGCAGCAGGCGGGGCGUACCGGCAACUUCCCAACCAGCGCCCAGUUCCAGGCCAGCCAGAACCUGGCGAAUGCUCUCCGCGGCGGCGCCACGCCUCCGCCGCCGCCCAAGGCCGCCCCGCCGCCAUCGCCGUCCCCGCCUGCCACCACCUUCGAAAGCAUCUUUGGGUCGCCUGCGCCGGCGCGGCCCAUCCCGCCGCUGCCCGCCGCCAUCCAGGCCGAGCCCACUCCAACCGUGCAGCUGGUCAGCCCGCCGGCACCCGGAGCGCCUCCCGCCACCCCCAUCCCUGCCGCCGAGCCCACACCCAGCUCCACGGCAGCGCUGCAGGCCGCCCUCACCCUGCCCGCCCCGACCGAGGCAGCGCCUGAAGUGGUGGACACACGCCCGCCACGGCCGCCGGGCGUGGGUCCCUCGGUGACCCCGGCCCUCGUCGCCUUCUCCCCCACGCCCGGCCUGCCCACGCUGCCGGCGCUGCCGCCGGCGCCGGGGCCGGCCACGCGCCAGCAGAGCGUGGGGCUGGAUGUGCUUCUGCGGGACAAGAAUGCACGCGUCACGCUGCUGGUGCCAGUCAACUCAGCCCUCAACGCCGCCAUCGACGCCCGCCCUCUGCGCAACGAGUCCACCCUCACUGAGCUCAUCCUCAACGCCCCGGAGCUGGUCAACCCGCUGGUCGGCUACCACGUGCUGCCGGGCCUGUGGCCCUCCUCCACUCUGCAGCCGGGCGCCAAGAUCGACACCUCCGACACCAUUGACAAGGUCAACAGGCUGCAGCUCACCGCGCAGGGCCCCACCUCGCUGCAAGGCAUCGGCACCAGCGCCGCCAUCCUGCAGACUGACAUCGUGGCCUGCGGCCCGUCUGUGGUGCACGUCGUGCUGCUGCCCUUCACCUUUGAUCAGGCGGCGGUGGAUGCCAUCCUCGGUACCCAAGUGCCGGCGGGCAGGUGA